AUGAAAAAUUCUUCAAAUCCAUUCAUUAGAAACCCAAUUCUUCAAAUCCUGCAAACUAAAUGCAAAACCCUAGACACAUAUCAACAAGCUCAUGCCCAAAUCAUCACAACUGGUCUUAUCCUUCACACUUACCCCCUUACCCAACUCCUCUCAGCGAUCUUAUCCUCCACCCUACCCACCUCCUUAUCCUACGCACUAACCAUCUUCGAUCGAGUGCCUAACCCCACCACUUACAUUUUCAACACCCUCAUCUCGUCAAUCCUCACCCAUCAUAACCACCAUGGCCAACGUACCCACUUGGCUUUCUCGCUUUACAAUCAAAUUCUAUGUAUACGAACAAUCAAACCUAAUUCUUACUCAUACCCAUCUCUUUUCAAGGCAUGUGGGUCUAACCCCAUUUGGGUCAAACAUGGUCGAGCCCUACACACACAUGUCUUGAAGUUUCUUGACCCCACCGAGUAUGAUCAGUUUGUUCAAGCUUCAUUGGUUAGUUUUUAUUCAAAAUGUGGGAAAUUUGGUGUUUGUAAGUAUCUUUUUGAUCAAAUUAGUGAACCUGAUUUGGGUUUAUGGAAUUCUAUAUUAUCCGCUUAUAAUCCCAGUGCUGACGAUACUGGUUUGUCAAUGGAGGUUCUAUGUUUGUUUAGUGAUAUGCAGAGAGGUUCAAAAAUCAAGCCUAAUGAAAUCAGUUUUGUAGCACUGAUCAAUGCCUGCGCUGAUUUGGGUGCUUUUAGUGAAGGAAUUUGGGCACAUUUGUAUAUGGUGAAGAAUAAUCUGAAGCUUAAUCGGUUUGUUGUGACAUCUUUGAUUGAUCUUUAUGUGAAUUGUGGGUUCUUGGAGUUUGCACGCCACGUGUUCGAUGAAUUGCCUAAGAAAGACAUAUUUUGUUAUAACACAAUGAUUAGAGGAUUUGCUACUCAUGGGUAUGGGCAUGAAGCGAUUGAUCUCUUUAAUAGAUUGUUGUUGGAAGGGUUAGCUCCUGAUGAUGUUACAAUGGUGUUGAUAAUCUCUGCUUGUUCACAUGUGGGGUUGGUGGAUGAAGGUUGUGAGUUUUUUUAUUCGAUGAGGGACAGAUAUGGGGUCGGGCCAAAGCUUGAACAUUAUGGGUGCUUGGUUGACCUUUUGGGUCGAGCCGGGCGGGUCAAUGAGGCCUUGGAAAAGAUCCGGGCUAUGCCCAUGGAGCCUAAUGCGGUUCUAUGGAGAUCUUUACUAAGUGCAACGAGAAACCAUGGGAAUUUAGAGAUUGGUGAGGUGGCACUUGAGCAGUUGAUUAAAUUAGAGCCUGAAACUAGUGGGAAUUAUGUCCUUUUAUCCAAUGUUUAUGCGGAUAUGAACAAAUGGGAAGGUGUUAAACGUGUUAGGAGACUAAUGAAAGAUAAUGGCAUUGAGAAAGCACAAGGAAUGAGCGUUGUUGAUGUAUAA